AUGCCGCAAAGAGCCAACGGUCCAACGGUCCAAUGGUCCAAUGUGGCGGCAAAGUACAAAGACGAAAACGGCACGGGUUUAGCGCGCUCAGACAACAACAACCUGAUCCAACGCAAAUAUAUGAUAAUGCAUGAGGCGAUUGAAGACGCUCACAAGGAUGAGAAUCGAUCCUUGAAGCGUGCCGCGUUGACCAACACGAGCAUCACGUGCAAUGAUGGCACCCAUGCGGGUUUCUAUUGGCGCAAGCAACCCAACUCCAAGAAGUGGAUCGUGUUCCUCGAAGGCGGCUGGCAUUGCUUCGACAAUCGUUCCUGCCGAGCGCGUUGGCUGCGUCUGCGGCAUCUGAUGACCAGCUCCCAAUGGCCAGAGACCAGAGAUGUUGGUGGCAUUCUGUCGCCACAUGCCGAGGAGAAUCCCUAUUGGCACAAUGCGAACCAUGUGCUGGUUCCCUACUGCAGCAGCGACUCCUGGUCGGGCACUCGUGUCGAGCCGGUUGGGGAUCGGGAGAACAGUUGGCGCUUCAUGGGAGCCCUCAUAUUGCGCCAGGUGAUCGCCGACUUGAUACCCUUGGGUCUGGGACGCGUUGCCGGCGGCGAGUUGCUCUUGGUGGGCUCCUCCGCCGGCGGUUUGGGUGUCAUGCUCAGCCUGGAUCGAGUGCGUGACUUCCUGGUCAACGAACGCAAGCUGCAGGUGACGGUGCGUGGUGUCAGCGACUCGGGUUGGUUUCUGGACAGGGAACCGUACACGCCGUCAGCUGUGGCCUCCAGUGAGGCAGUGCGUCUGGGCUGGAAACUGUGGCAGGGACUGCUGCCCGAGGACUGCACCAAGGCACAUCCCACAGAGCCCUGGCGCUGCUACUUCGGAUACCGUUUGUAUCCCACGCUAAAAACUCCACUCUUCGUGUUCCAAUGGCUCUUCGAUGAGGCACAGAUGCGGGCUGACAAUGUGGGUGCACCGGUGACGCCUCAGCAAUGGAAUUACAUACAUGAGAUGGGCGGAGCACUGCGCUCCUCGCUGGACAAUGUGAGUGCCGUGUUUGCGCCCAGUUGCAUUGGCCAUGCGGUGCUAUCGAAGCGCGACUGGGUCAACCUCAAGAUCGAUGACAUCUCGCUGCCUGCCGCGCUGCGUUGCUGGGAGCACUCGACGCGACAGCGACGCAAGCGACACGACAAACUCAAGCGUUCCACGGAGCGAACGACGGCGGUGCAGCAGGCUCAUCCCCAUUCCCCUUCCCAUUCCCAUUCGCAUCCUCAUCCCAAUGCCAAUAACCAAAGACAUCAGCGUCAUCGUCAGCGUCUGCAGAAGCUGAACAAUGUGGCGCAGGCGUCGACGCCGACGCAGGCGCAGCGCAAGCGCAAUCAUCUCAGCAAGGAGCAGCGCGAGGAGCGCAAGCGUCGACGUCAGGAGCGACAGCGACGCAAGCAGCGACGCCGGCAGCAGCAACAGCAGCAACAGCAGCGCAAGCGUGAAAACGAAGCAGCAAACAAUAAGAAAAACAACAACAACAACAACAACAACAAGCAGCGACGUCGUCAGCCGCUGACAGCAGAGCAGCAACUGCAGCGCAAGCAGCAGCGUCAGCAGCGACGCUACCAAUUAGUGAUGCAGAAGGAGCCGAAGAAGGAUGUGCAACAGAAGGAGCUGCAACAGGAGCAACCCAUGGAGGAGCCUCAAAAGCGUCGCGCCUCCAACAGCGCCUCCAAGUUGAAGCCACGUCAGCGCGUGCCUCGUGUACCGGAGAAGUGCAACCUGCGUCUGCUGGAGCGUUGCAGCUGGCCGCAGUGCAACCACUCCUGUCCCACGCUCACCAAUCCGCUCACCGGCGAGGAGAUGCGCUUCCUCGAGCUGCUCACCUCCUUCGGCCUGGACAUUGAGGCAGUUGCCGCUGCGUUGGGCGUAGAUAUGCUUACGCUCAACAACAUGGACCGAACGGAGCUGGUGAAUCUGCUGACGCAGCAGGUCAGCUGAAGACAAGCGGAAGCGGAAGCGAAAGCGGAUAACGAUAGAAAGUUGAGCUAAAAAAACUGUAAAUAGUUGGCCUGUAUAUAGAUAUAGCCAUAGACUGUAUAGCCCCAUCCCUAACCCCUCACCCUCACCCUAAUCCCACUCACACUCACACUGUAUAUACUUCAUCUAUAAGGGAUUACAUAUAUACUCGUACAUAUAUAUUUAUCCAAAUCGAAGAAAUUCCAAUUCCUAAGC